GUGGAAGGUAGAGGAGAGAAUAUUCUUCUCCCUUCUCCUCGUACAAGAGACAAUGAACCAGCUCCGCUCCUUUAGCCCUGCCCCAGUCCAAGGCGUGUCGGUGCCUCAUGUUCAUAGAAGGGGCGGAGCGACGCGCCUCUCUCUAUAAAGUAGCCCGGGGAGACGCACCCGUUUCCCAGCUGCUGGUUCUUCUGAGAGACGUGUGGACUCCUCUUCUGAAGGCAGUGAGUGCGUAAAAGCCUGGCGCAAAGUCGUAGCGAUGCGUGAAAUCGUGCACAUCCAAGCCGGCCAGUGUGGGAACCAAAUCGGAGCCAAGUUCUGGGAGGUCAUCAGCGACGAGCAUGGCAUUGACCCCACUGGCAGCUACCACGGAGACAGUGACCUGCAGCUAGAGAGGAUAAACGUCUACUACAAUGAAGCUGCUGGUAACAAGUAUGUCCCCCGUGCAAUCCUUGUUGACUUGGAGCCUGGUACAAUGGACUCUGUUAGGUCUGGUCCAUUUGGCCAGAUCUUUAGACCUGACAACUUUGUCUUUGGCCAGAGUGGUGCUGGGAACAACUGGGCCAAGGGCCACUACACAGAGGGAGCUGAGCUAGUGGACUCUGUGCUAGAUGUGGUAAGGAAGGAAUCUGAAAGCUGUGACUGCUUGCAGGGCUUCCAGCUGACCCAUUCGCUGGGUGGGGGCACUGGCUCUGGGAUGGGGACGCUCCUCAUCAGCAAGAUCCGGGAGGAGUAUCCAGACAGGAUCAUGAACACAUUCAGUGUAAUGCCGUCCCCUAAAGUGUCGGACACGGUGGUUGAGCCAUACAAUGCCACCCUCUCUGUCCACCAGCUGGUGGAGAACACAGAUGAAACAUACAGUAUUGACAAUGAGGCUUUAUAUGAUAUCUGCUUCCGCACACUGAAACUCACAACUCCUACUUACGGGGACCUCAACCACUUGGUCUCUGCCACCAUGAGCGGGGUGACCACCUGCCUCCGCUUCCCUGGCCAAUUGAAUGCUGACCUUCGCAAGCUGGCAGUCAACAUGGUGCCUUUCCCCCGCCUCCACUUCUUCAUGCCGGGGUUUGCUCCCCUCACGAGCCGUGGUAGCCAGCAGUAUCGUGCCCUCACGGUGCCAGAGCUCACCCAGCAGAUGUUUGAUUCUAAAAACAUGAUGGCGGCCUGUGACCCACGCCACGGGCGCUAUUUGACGGUGGCAGCCAUCUUCCGGGGCAGAAUGUCUAUGAAGGAAGUGGAUGAACAGAUGCUCAAUGUCCAGAACAAGAACAGCAGCUACUUUGUGGAAUGGAUCCCCAAUAAUGUGAAGACGGCCGUGUGUGACAUCCCGCCACGAGGUCUCAAGAUGUCUGCCACGUUCAUUGGCAACAGCACAGCCAUCCAGGAGCUGUUCAAGAGAAUCUCUGAGCAGUUCACAGCCAUGUUCCGGCGUAAGGCCUUUUUGCACUGGUACACCGGUGAGGGCAUGGAUGAGAUGGAGUUCACGGAGGCCGAGAGCAAUAUGAAUGACCUGGUCUCGGAAUACCAGCAAUAUCAAGAUGCCACAGCAGAUGAGCAAGGAGAAUUUGAAGAGGAAGGAGAGGAAGAUGAGGCUUAGGGUUAAGAUGGCUUAGUGCAAUUGGGCAAGUGCUUUGGGGCACAGUCUGUUCAGCUGUACUGGUGCAUGCUUUUCCAGUUCUACUUGGUGCUUUCACUGUUGCCUCUGUCAGACGUUUUUGUGACCUCUACUAUGUAACUUAAACCUUAAUACUUUAUUGGCCAACCUAUGUAGUAUAGAAGAACAUUUGCAGUUAAACAAAAUGUUGCAAUAAUAAAAUAAAUGGGUGAUAUGAAGCUCUUCACACUUAUGGUUGGGGCUGGUAGCCUAGGAGGUGCUGAAAUAUAAUUUUGUAAUUUUUACUCUUAAGACAUUUACUUCUGUUUUAAGACAAAAGCAGUUUCUCAGUUUUAUAGGUACUGCGAUUAAUUCUGAAGCAACAGUAUUGCAGGCAUUAUCAAGUUUUCCCCCAAAGAUUACUUAAAUAAUAGUUGCUCUAAAAUGAGGCUUCUCAGCUGCUCCAUAGAUAAGGAGGCUAAGUGGCUGAAAUACACAAGCUGUAUUGGAAAGGUAGGAAUCUAGAAAUAGUAGUUCAGAAAGUCCAUCAAGGAGCAGAACACUUCCUUUGCACUCUUUGCAAUUGUGAAAGAAUAAUGCUGUACAGCAGAGUUCCUUAUCCUGGUCCUGCCCGCUGUUUUGGACUAUACCUCCCAUCAGGCCCAGGUUGGGAAAGGAUGAUCUACAGGUGUAUGCUAAACCAGUUUUGUUGAUUCCCCCUUCCUUGUAUUGUCACAAUACACACUAUAGAAGUGCUUAUAUUUGCAAUCUGAGUUGUGUGUUAAUGUCUAACAUUUUUAAUUUUAAUUGCUACAUUGCAGUUGGACUGGGUUUCUCAAAGGAUGCAGAUAGUUGAACCACAACUGUGUCAUUAAAACCUUUUUCAUAACAGGGCAGGACCUUGCCAGUGAGUUGUACAGUUAGGGGCUUUAUCUUUUUCAGUUCAGUAUUUAGAAUAUGUUUCUGAAAAAUCUCAUCUCAAAACAUGAAAUACAUUAUUUGUUCAAAAUAAUUUCUACCAGUUUUUAUGCAAAGGAAAAUGGGAACUGGAUUUAAGUCUUAUCUUUUAAAGAGAAUAAUAGCUUAAGACAAGGGGUGGGUACAGCAGCAAGUAGAAUGCUAAUAGAGCAGGCAUGGAGUCCGAUAGUGAUGGUGCAUGCUUUCUGUGGCAGUGUUUAUGUUAGCAUUCUUUGUGCAUUGUGUAAACUUAUCAAGGAUCUGUCAUGAAAUCAAACUCUUCAGUGGCUUCUGUGUGGUGUUAAUGUUGAGUACUCUCUAUAAAGGCACGUGUUCCAAAUAA